CCUAUUCCUGUCACCCUCUGGAAACAAGGAGCUAAAAGACCCACUUUUACGUGGCAAAACUAAGGACAGGGUCACACUGUGAUUAAAUGGCAUCAGAAAUCACCUAUGCUGAGGUGAAGUUCAAAAAUGAAUCGCCAGCUCCAGUGGUCAAAGGACCUCCUGAAGCAAAGAAGCCUGAGCAACAUCCCCAGAAAUACCCACUGUGGCUGCCGUGGUUGAUCUCACUGCUGCUUCUCUUGGUGUGCAUUGCCCUUGUUGUUGUCCUCCUUGCGGUUCCCUUCUGCCGCAGCAGUGACCAGCCCUCAGCCCUGCAGCAGCAGUUCUCGGAGUGGGAGUGCGACUCAGCGGUGCCACAAGGCACAGACCGAGGCUGGAUGUGCUGCCCAAAGGGCUGGAGAAGGUUUCAAGGAAGCUGCUAUUUCCUGUCCACUGACACGAUGACAUGUGCUGAGAGUGCACAGAACUGCACUGGGAUGGGCUCCCAGCUGGUGGUGAUCACCAGCAAGGCAGAGCAGGAAUUCCUCUCUGAGCAGAAAAAUCAAGAUGUGCCAAAAGUGAAUUUCUACAUUGGUUUGUUUGAGGAUAAGUUGGGCCAGUGGCACUGGGUGGACAAGACUCCAUACAAUGUGACAGCAGCGUUCUGGCGAAACGGGGAACCAAGUCCAGGCAAUGAUGAGAACUGCACUGUAAUGCAUUUGCCUGAACGGAGCUUCAACAACUGGAAUGAUGUCAAACCACACAUAAGGCAGUAUCGAAUUUGUGAAGCUGCAGCAGUAAUUGUGUGA